AAACUCUGACGGAAUUUCCGGUGAGUUAACGCCAUGGUGGAUUAACGACUCGAAAAGAAAGUAGAACGGUGAAAUUCAUGCAUCUUCAUAUAGAAACCAAUUGUCCGUUACUAAUAAUUGUUUUCGAAGGAAAUUUUUCUCUUCAGAUUACGAGCAAAACAUAACGGUCGACAUAAAAUGAAAGAACGAUAGGUACAGAUAUAUUGCCAAUAGGUAAAUAACUGUAAAAAGGAUGCUUUCAAAUUAAUAUUUACAAACUUGCAAAUUUUGAAAAUCACAAAGACGAACUUGUACACUUUUGAACGCUAUAUGGGAAGCCCUCUUUUACAAGAACUACUAUCUACUAUAGUUAUUUACUAUACUUAUCGGCGCCUGCGAGUACAUAUUGCAUACGCGAUUGUGUACUGUGUCCUCAAAGGCAGACUUGCCCAUUAGUAGUAAAGAUAGAUUAUGAAAAUAUAAACAGUUACAAGAAAGAUAUAUUUUUUUUAAAUAAGUAUUUUUAGGAUUUUCUCGAAACACGAUUCUGAUAUAUUGAUUCAGGAAAAAGUACGAUAAACGUUAGAUAUUUUCGUAAUCGGUAUCGAUGACAAGAGUUGAAAAAUCAGAUAGGAAGAUAGGGUUUAAAACGUACGUGACGAAAAAUUCAUGGAAUACCUAGGUCUGUAAACAUCUUUUACAUUUGAAUAAAUACGAUAAACGUUUACGGGGUUUCCGUCCAGCUUUCUUUUCUCUAAACUGGAUAUCGACAGAAUGCCAAGUUAAAUCGAGUACGCAACUUAUACGUGCAGCUGGCCCUGCCAGAGAACGAUGGGUUUUCCCACCCCUACUCUCUUCCCUUUAAACUAACUACCGCCAGAGGCGACACUGUUGCAUCGCGGCCAUCAUCUAUGUUACUUGUGGUUUCAUCCAAACUCCACAACUUCACGGAUCAGUUCGUUCUCAAACAGCGUGGUGGGUGGUGUUUCGACCGUUUCAACAAUACACGAUCACGAGCUAUAUCCGUGUUUUCUUCUGUUUUUAUCUAGUUAAAACACGAACGCAUUAUUUCUUUAUUAACCUCAACCGUGCUUCCACCUGUAUGUGACGGAUACGUAUCAUUAUUUGUUCAUCAAACGUGAAAUUAUUAUUGUGGAAUGUUGUAAACUUGUUCAGAUAUUUACGAGCGGAGUCAAAACGAGAAUGCGACGACAACGAGAAAGCGAAUACAAUAAAGAAGCCAGCUGUUCAGAAUUGACGAUCGAACGAUCGCUUGAAUAAAACAGAGCAGUGGCGUCGCUUGCGAACGAACGACUGAGAAACGAACGCAAUUCGUUUUUAGAGUACACCGAACGAAAAUUGUUAAAAACCGUUUCGAUCGCUUGACGCGACUACGCAGUCGUGUCGAAAAUUUUUGUAGAAAAACGUGGUGCACGUACGUACGUACGUACACAUAGUGUCGCUGUGUCGCGUGUACGCGAAAUCGCGAGUAGUUUUUCUAUCGAACAACGGGAUAAUCGAUCUCUGGUGCACGAUCGAAAAUGUGGCAUCCAUCGAAUCGAACACCGACGGAGAAAAAUGUUGCAGAGAACGAAGAAAAGUGCGAGAAGCAACGCGACUCGGGCAACGUUGAUUCUGGAUUUUUGUCCGGUGGGAACCUUCAAAUCAGUUCCGAGAUAUCCGAAGAGGAAUUGAUCGCCGCACCCCAGGCUCCAGAACCAAUGAAAGUAGACAGCGGUGUAGAUCUCGGGCUGAGCGAAAGCUUGAGCCAGCUUACACUGAAGCAAGUUACUUUGAAUCCUCUCGCGAUCGGCAACGUUCAAGCCGAACCUACCGAGGAGGAGCUGAUCCCUGUUAGCUCCGAAAAGCUUCAGCAUGCUACGAUAUUACAACCCGAAUCGCUUCGAUCUCACGGGAAACCGCCCAUUGAGGAACCUUGGCAGCUCUACUACACACAGGAUGAUGAUGGUGACACGCAGCUGCAUAUAGCCAUAGUGCAAGGUUUCGUAGAGGCUGCAUUCAGCUUGAUAAAAAUGGCACCCCAUCCGUGUCUAUUGAAUAUUUUGAACGACGAUGGUCAGUCUCCUCUGCACCUGGCUGUGUUGACCAGGCAACCAAGGAUCGUUAGGCGGCUAAUUUUAGCAGGUGCAAAUCCAGCAUUGAGGAAUUUCCGUGGCAAUACAGCCCUACACCUGGCUUGCGCGACCGGCGAUCUUGCCUCGGCGAAGUCCCUUACCGAUCCUUUGACGCCGGUCGAAAGAAAUUACCUGCUCUCAGGGAAGAAAAUACCUGCAUUGCCGCAGAAUCUCGAACAACGGAAUUAUGAUGGAGAGAUGUGUCUUCAUAUAGCAGCCUCCUCGGGCCACGUAGAGUUAGUGCGUCUUCUUCUGCGUCUUGGAGCAGAUCUCGAAGCUAGAGAAGCUUUGGCAGGAAAAACGGCUCUUCAUCUAGCCGUGGAACGCGGUUGUCGAUCGGUGGUCGCGUUCCUUCUUCAGGAAUGCAGGCCUUGUUUGGACACGCAGACGUAUGCUGGAAUCACUGCUUAUCAAAUAGCAUUGUGCUUCGACAGUCAGUUAGCAAGAGAGCUAGUCAGGUUAGGAGCAACACCGGAACCGCUACCAGAAUCGGAUUCCGACAGCAGCGACGAAGACGAGAGCUCAACGAUGAACUAUUUGCCAGCGAUCGCCAGACUCAGACAAAACACGGUCGGCGUUAAAGUAUAGAAAUUCAUCGAUUAACACCAUGGACUAUCGAUAACAUGAAUUGUUAGUCCUUGCGGCUUAAUCGAUCGAUGCGUAGUAUUAGUAGAGACAUUAACCUUCGGAUGGCGGAACGAGAGUUUUGCUGAUUCGAUACUUUUUAAGAGGCACGUUUUUUAUUCAAGUUUUAGUUCUGUAAUAUAGAGGGUGUCACAAAGUUGAAUAAUCAAAUUUCACUUGUGGACGCCGAUGGCUAGUCAGUUUUUCAAUUUGAAAAUUUCUAUAUUUGGAAACAUCGAAAUUUCUAAAUUUCAAAAUUUUCAAAUUGCUAAAUUGCCCAUAAAUGAGACGGACAACUUCCGUGAGUGAUAGAUCAUCUUCCUCUACGCUUUCCCUUAUUUAACAAUAAGGGAGAAAUCUGCGUCGUUAUUAAUUCGACCACCAUCAUUCGAGGGUUAACAGUUAAUUGACUGUUCGGGACAUUGCCGAAAAAACUAGAUAAUUCUGUGCCGCGGUAUGAGUUUCAAUAAAGGACGCAAAGUUCUAAUUGUAUCCACAACAGUACAAGUAUUACACACGUGUCGAACAUAUUAUUAUUCUUUUGGAGUUGUAACUGGCAAUCGAUAUCGAAGCAACCGACGAAGUGUAAACAUGAGAACAAAGAACGAAACUGAAAUGAUCAGUUAAGUUAGUGCCUCUGUGAGGAGCAGCUACUUACUCGAUAAUUAGAGAAAAAGAAAUGAAGGUAGAUACUGUAAUUAAAUAAGUAGUCGACUGCAUGAUGACGCUGAAUUUACGCUUAGGAGAGACCGAAAGAUCUCGUUUAUAUGUAUAUAAAAAGCAUCGAAAUUUUCUUCGAUUUGUGUCUUUAAAUGUAGUGGUAUUGCGACGCGCUUAAAUACGUCCUUAACCCUUCUGACCUGAUGCUUCGAUGGAAACUCGCUUACAAUAUUUUGUUGUGGUUUUCCUCCUAUAAUCAGAACAGUCAUUUAUUGUAUCUCGAUACUUGAGUUUCGUGUAACAAGCUUAAAAUCGUUUUAAAAACUUGAAUGAUGGUACAAAGUGCCGACGUCAGGUCCGAAGGGUUAAUACGAAAGGGUGCAUUAAAAUGAACAGAAAAAGGAGUGAAAAAGAAUAGUACGCGAUAAAAUGUAAUUUCAUUGUUCGUUUUAAGAUGUAUAUACAUAUAAAUAUAUAUAUAUUUAUAUAUAUAUAUAUUAGAUGAAUUAAGAGACCAAGAUAACACUUAAUAGAAUAUUUAUGUAGAAAUAGUUUACUCGAAUACUACUCACAGAGUACUUCGAUGUUAUGUCUGUCGCGAACGUUUACAUAUAAAAUUCCUUCUUCGCCCCUCGAACGCCCUUCUACACUUCUCCUUUUCGCCGUGUUGUACAUAGUCAUAUUUUAUUAGUAUCGCGAAAAUGUUGUUUUGUACGGCAUCAGUUAUAAUAGAAAAUGAUAUCAUUAACACGUUGUUACAUAACGUCUAUAAUUAUUUUUUUAGCAAUAAAAGGCUAUGGAGAAAUUGAUAAUGA